CGAUGAGAUGGAAUUUUUCUAGGGCUCGCAAUUGACUAACUUCAUCACCGCCGCCGUGGUAGUAGAAUCGCCGUCAGAGUCCGAAGCCUCUGGGAUUUGGUAGGCGAGAAGGGUACGUGAGAUAGAAUUUCCUUGUCGCAGAAUUUGAUCGGCUUGGUUGCUGUUUUCGUGUGCGUGGGUGAGAGAGAGAGAGAGAUUAGGGUUCUUGCGGGUUGGCCGCGAUGGACGAGAAUUUGCUGGAUGAUAUAAUACGGAGGUUGGUGGAGGCGAAGAACGGGAGGACGGUGAAGCAGGUGCAGCUGACGGAGGCGGAGAUACGGCAGCUUUGUUUGACCUCGAAGGAGGUCUUCCUCAGUCAGCCUAAUCUCCUCGAGCUGGAGGCUCCUUUCAAAAUUUGCGGAGAUGUUCAUGGUCAGUUUCCAGACCUCUUACGGCUGUUCGAGUAUGGUGGCUACCCCCCGGCUUCAAAUUAUUUGUUCCUUGGGGAUUAUGUGGAUCGCGGUAAGCAGAGCAUAGAGACAAUAUGCCUUCUUCUCGCCUACAAGAUCAAAUACAAGGAGAAUUUUUUUCUUCUUAGGGGCAAUCAUGAAUGUGCUUCAAUCAACCGCAUAUACGGGUUCUAUGAUGAAUGCAAAAGAAGAUUCAAUGUCCGGCUAUGGAAGACUUUCACCGACUGCUUUAAUUGUCUGCCUGUUGCCGCUCUCAUUGACGACAAGAUCCUCUGUAUGCACGGUGGAUUAUCACCUGAUUUGAAAAACUUAGACGAGAUCAGGAAGAUUCCUCGUCCUAUUGAUGUUCCUGAUGAGGGGCUCCUAUGUGAUCUGUUGUGGGCCGAUCCAGACAGAGAAAUCGAGGGCUGGGGAGAGAAUGACAGAGGUGUCUCGUAUACAUUUGGGGCAGACAAGGUUGCAGAGUUCCUUCAAACUCAUGACCUUGAUCUCAUUUGCCGAGCUCAUCAGGUUGUAGAAGAUGGGUACGAGUUCUUUGCACAGAGACAGCUGGUGACUAUAUUCUCGGCGCCCAAUUACUGCGGGGAGUUUGACAAUGCUGGUGGAAUGAUGAGUGUGGAUGAUACCUUGACAUGUUCAUUUCAAAUCCUCAAGUCUGAGAAGAAAGGAAGAUUCGGGUUUAACACCACCGUGCCAAGGCCAGGAACUCCGCCUCAUAAGGGAGGAAAAGGAGGCUAAAUCAGAUAGGUUAUAAAACCGGUAAAUGCGUUUGAGACUCCAUUUUUUUGGUUGUGAUCGUGGUAGUCUCUUCUUCUACUACUUGGAAUGUGUAAAAAUAGAAGGCAACAACAUAAGGGAUUUGUCUUUAAAGAUAUAACUCAUGCCUUGUCUCUUUGGCCCAAUGCUUUUUUGUCUAUGUAGCUUUUGUCUUACAAUGCAGUGAAAUCAAAUGCCCUCUUCUUCAA